CCUUUCUGCGGAGUUUCUUCAGAGCAGCCCAGCUUCUGCCCCGACUUCCAGCAGAGCACCCGAGGCGGUCCAAGGAUGCGUGCAGCUGGUGGCGGGAUUUUCAAUGACCAACUUCUUCCCCGCCAGCGUCCUUUCUGUGGCAUUGCUUGUGGGUGGCACUAAAGCCUCCGGGUCUCACGCGCAGCUUUUAGAGGUGCUGGGACAAUCCUCGGCGGCUGUCUGCUUUGCCCUGGUGAGGCGCUGUAGGGGCCGGCUCUGGUCUGGAGGAGAAGGCGGGCGUGCUCCUGCAGCCUCCUGGAGAAGGAUUACAUAGUCUGAAGUAUUUUGAUAUAGCCCUGCCGCCGCCUCAGCAGCCAUGGGACUGCAGCCUUUGGAGUUCAGCGAUUGCUACUUGGACAGUCCUUGGUUCCGUGAAAGGAUACGAGCUCAUGAAGCGGAGCUGGAGAAAACCAACAAGUUCAUCAAAGAGCUGCUCAAGGAUGGCAAGACCCUUAUCGCCGCGACCAAGAAUCUUUCAGCUGCCCAAAGAAAGUUUGCUCGUUCACUGAGAGAUUUUAGGUUUGAAUGUAUUGGUGAUGCAGAAACAGAUGAUGAAAGAUGCAUAGAUGCAGCCCUUCAUGAAUUCUCUAACUUUCUGAAAAGUUUAGAAGAACAAAGAGAAAUAAUGGCUCUAAGUGUAACUGAAACUCUCAUCAAGCCUCUGGAAAAAUUCAGAAAAGAACAACUUGGAGCAGUAAAGGAAGAAAAAAAGAAGUUUGAUAAAGAAACCGAAAAGAACUACAGUUUACUGGAGAAACAUUUAAAUGUGUCAGCUAAGAAGAAAGAAACACAACUGUUGGAGGCAGACAUCCAAAUAGAGCAAAACAGAAAACAUUUCUAUGAGCUGUUACUUGAAUAUGUGUGUAAACUGCAAGAGAUACAAGAACGAAAGAAAUUUGAGUUUGUAGAACCUGUCCUGUCAUUUUUUCAGGGCAUGUUCACUUUCUACCAUCAAGGCUAUGAACUUGCCAAAGACUUUAACCAUUACAAAAUGGCUCUGCAGAUCAAUAUCCAGAAUACAAGAAAUCGUUUUGAGGGAACAAGAUCAGAAGUGGAAGACCUCAUGAACAAAAUCAAGCAAAAUCCCAAGAAACAUAAGAGAGCAAAUCAAUUUGCAAUGGAAGGCUAUCUUUAUGUGCAAGAAAAAAGACCUGCACCAUUUGGUUCCAGCUGGAUAAAACAUUAUUGCAUGUAUAAGAAAGAGUCAAAGAAAUUUACUAUGUUACCAUUUGAGCACAGAUCAGGAGGAAAAAGUGGUGAAUUGGAAGUCUUUCUCCUUCAGAACUGUACCAAAAGGAAUACUGAUUCUAUAGAUAGGCGAUUUUGUUUUGAUAUGGAAGCAGUAGAGAGACCUGGUAUGCCUAUGACCCUGCAAGCAUUCUCAGAAGAAGACAGGAACACGUGGUUUGAAGCCUUAGAUGGGAAGGAAACUGUGUUUCUCACUUUGAACAAGACUAGUACAAAAAAAGAAGGAAGUACACAACUAGAUAAGUUUGGGCUCACAAUUCUCAGAAAAUGCAUUGGUGCUAUUGAAAGAAGAGGUAUAAAUGAUCAAGGAUUAUAUAGGAUUGUAGGGGUGAGUUCAAAAGUCCAGAGACUUCUGAAUUUGUUGAUGGAUGCAAAAACAUGUGAUGAAAUUGAUUUGGAAGGUAAUACAGAAUGGGAGGUGAAGACAAUAACAAGUACAGUGAAACAGUACUUAAGAAGCCUUCCAGAGCCCUUAAUGACGUAUGAGUUACACGGAGAGUUCAUCAUUCCUGCUAAAAGUGGUAGCCCUGAGUCCCGUGUUAAAGUUAUCCACUCCUUGGUUCAUAAACUUCCAGAAAAGAACAAAGAAAUGCUUGAUAUUGUUGUGAAACACUUAGCAAAUGUUUCCGAUCAUGCUAAGAAAAAUCUUAUGACUGUGGCAAAUUUAGGAGUUGUAUUUGGACCAACAUUAAUGAGGCCACAGGAAGAAACUGUGGCUGCUCUUAUGGAUCUGAAAUUUCAGAACAUUGUGGUGGAGAUCUUAAUUGAAAACCAUGAAAAGAUUUUCCACACUCUGCCUGAUGCUUGUUUCCCUGAGCCAGCCCCUGUGUCUGUCUCUCCUCCAAACGCCCCACCACGACAAUCAAGACGACAGGGGCAACGUAGUAAGAGGCCUGUUGCUGUAUAUAAUCUCUGCCUGGAGCUGGAUGACAGUGACAACCUUAGCCCUCCCAAAGAAUGCACACGCUCAGGUAGCAUGGAUUCCCUGUCUUCUCAGUCUCCCACAACUGCUGCUCCUACCAGCCCUCAAGACACAGAGAAAAAUAAUCUGAUAACUGACAGUGGCAAUCAAUCCAGUGAGAUUCAUUCAUCAAUGGUUUCCUGGAUAAAUCUAAAGUCACCCAUAGCACAAAGUCCAGUCACAACAAACCCAUCAUUUUCAUUUCCUUCCCCUGCUACAGACACCGACAGAUCAGUUGGAAGUAUUGUCAAUAGAAAAGCCAAAGCAGUGUAUCCAUGUGAAGCAGAGCAUAGUUCUGAACUAUCUUUUCAAACUGGGGCAGUUUUUGAAGAUGUGCAUUUUUCACGAGAACCUGGCUGGUUAGAAGGAACUCUAAAUGGGAAGAGAGGACUCAUUCCACAAAACUACGUCCAGUUUCUUUAGUUCUCUUCUGAAUGCUUGGAAGGUGUACAUGGUAUCCAUGGAUAUAGAUAGACAGACAUUGUAUAUUGCUUUUCUUAGCUUCAGAUACUUUUAAUCAGUAAGAAUUUGAGAUUAAAAUCUUAAUCUGUAUAAAGAUUUAAUAAUAGGAACAAUGCAGUUGCAUGUAAUUUUAUAUGGAGUAGGAAGGAGAGAGAGAGAAGGCAAUUUAAUUUUUUAAAUAAUACUUUGUAAAGACUAAGAGUUAUACAUAAGUUUGCAUGUUUGUGUUUGUAAGAACUUGAAUCAAAGACCUGUUUAAGUUGUUAGCCAAAUACCAGUUAAAGAAAAUCAUAAAAAUGUUUACUUUGCUUUUGUAUUUUCAAAUUUGAGAGGUAUAAAACUUUAGAAAGUGGACUUGAAAAACAUCUUUGCAAAUACUACAGACCAAAACUGUUAGAAAAGGUCAUUCAUAUGGGCAAUUCAUUGUGAAGGUUAUAGUUGAUCUAAAACGGUAAAAUUCUUCAAGUUGAGCUCAAGUCCAAAUGACUUCAUGAAUACAGCCAUGUAACUUACUUAGCAGCAGUAUGGAAGUGGUUUGCUGUUGCCUUAUGGGCUUUCCUUUUUUAUUUCCUUCUGUAAUCUACAGUCCUGGUAGCCUCUGGAGGACCCUCAUCCAAAUACUAACCAGGCUGGACUCGCUGUAUUAAUUGUGAAUAUCCCUUAGUCUGAAAAUGAAUAAAUCAGAUGGAAAAAGCGAUGAACUUAAAUCUACAGAAGGGAUAAAUCAAAUGUAAUCUUCAAAUGUCCAAAAUAUGAAAAUAAAUCUAUAUAAAUUAUGUAGCUUCACGUAAAUGUAUAUAUGCUGUUGCCUGCAAAAGCUUAGGCAACCCUGCAUGUUUCAGUUAAUAGCUAAGCGUACAAAAGUUGAUAUAAAUUCUACAGGAUACAAAGUUAAGCAAGAAUCUUACUGCAGAUUUGAAUGCAUGCUUAAUAUAUAUGUACAACUGUUUACAAAUUUAAAGAAGAUGAAAACUGAAUAUUGUAGGUGCAGAAGUUUGGACACUCUUUCAGUCAGUACUUUGUAACAGCUCCUUCAACAGAAAAAACAGGUUCCGGGUGUAGCCAUCUUUAAUUUUUUCUCUUCUUGCUUUUGAAACUUUUACUACUCUUCCUUGUAGAAUUCAGAAAUUUUCUUAGCGCUUCUUGCAUGCAUUGCAUGUUUGAGAACUCCCCACAGAUUUUCAGUUAUAAUUAAGUCUGGUGGAUGUGAAUGUGAACAUACUGUACUCAGGGAACCAUUAUCUUUCAUUCUAAUAAGUGCUUUAUAGUCAGUUUGAGGGUAUGUGUCAGAUUAUUGUAUUACUGAAAUAUCCAACCUAAACUUAGUUUCAUUUUCUUCCAUGACUGGAUAUUAUCUUCUAGGUUAUGUUGAUGGUUAGUUGAAAGUUAUGUCCUGCAAUAUUCACUGUUUUUUUAUUUUGAAUAUCUAUGUAAACAACUGCAUACAAAUAGUAAGUGUGCAUUCAAAUUUGCAGAACUAUGUCAUGUAUAACUUUGUACCAUGCAGAGAUUGGGUCAGCUUCUGUUCACUUAGCUUUCAUUGAAAUAUAAUUUAACCAGGAAUGCCAAAUUUUUUGUCUGAUCCCCUAAGAAACACUGAUUAAAAUUAAAUGUAAACUGUAAGAAUC